GUUGUACUUACACGGGAUUGCUUCGGGAAUACGUGAACGAGAUUCCUUAGCAGACCUCGUCGUCUCCGACAACGUUGACAGCACACGUACUUAUACAGGUUACGUAUGUGACUCCGUAAACAAUAGGACGUGUAACAACCCCGUGCAACAUCCACCAGCUCACGCACACACGCAUGAUACACGUACGAUACGCGUGUCCUCGUACAUUGAUCAAUCGGUGAGUGACGCGCAUAGGACAAUCCGCUCGUCAGGUAUAUAAAGGUAUCCACCAAAAAGCAAGAGCAUCAUUCACUCCCAGUUCAACACACGAGCUGAUCCAAAGAUCUACCAAACCUAUCAACAAUGAAGUGCUUCGUUGCUAUCGUUCUCUUGGCUCUGUUCGCUGUAGCCUUCGCUGCAGAGAAACCAGCAGAACCUGAAAAGAUUGAACAGCUGUCAAACGCAGAAGCUGCGGAGGCACCAAGAGACAAGAGAGGCCUAUUGCUGAGCUACACUGCACCAGUUGCACCAGUUGCACCAGUUGCAUACACUUCUUAUGCUGCAGCACCAAUUACCUACAGUGCUAGUUACAGCUUGCCCUAUGCCUACCGCUCGUACCCUUACUACUACAACUCUUACUAUCUGGGUUAAAUCACAUGUCUUAAAGCUAGCACCAUGGGAUGUUCGUAAUUAAGACUAAGGAAACGAUAAUGGCAAUUGCAAGGAUUUUUAACUGAAUCGUUUACGCUACAUUAGUUUAAGUAAGCCCAGAAUAAAAGCUAAACAAAAUUUGUUCCGAUGUUAACAUUCAGUGCGCUCACCACUAUUUUUGGAUGUAAUUUUCAAUGUACACGUGUUUCGGCAAACUCAUGUUAAAUACGAUACUUUGUUGUAUGUUACAAUGUUAAAUACAGAAUACAAUUCAAUUUA